AUGCCGAGGUAUUACUGUGAUUAUUGCGACACAUAUCUCACCCACGAUUCCCCAUCGGUGAGGAAGCAGCACAACGCCGGAUACAAACACAAGGCGAAUGUGAGACUAUACUAUCAGCAAUUCGAGGAGCAACAAACGCAAAGCCUGAUUGAUCAGAGAAUAAAAGAGCAUCUAGGCCACCAAACAGCAGCAUUCCAACAGGUUGGUGCUGUGUAUAAUCAGCAUAUGCUCGCUAGGCCUCGCCUUCCUAUGAUGCCACCACAUGGAAGUAUGCCUAUGGGUAUGCGACCUCCUGUUCUGCCUAGACCCAUGAUGCCUGGCCAAGGUUACAUGCCUCCUCCAGGAGUACCACAGAUGAUGGCACCCCCCGGUGCUCCUCUGCCUCCACCUCCACAAAACGGUAUUCUCAGGCCACCGGGAAUGGCUCCGAUACCAGGUCAAGGUGGUGGACCGCCUCCCAAUUAUAAUGGACCUCUUCCUCCUCCUCCUCCUUAUCAUACAAAUCCAGCUGCUGCUCCACCAAGUGGCAGCUUCAACAAUCCAAACCCUGGUGCCGAGUCUCCUGAAAGCAAUGAGUAG